AUGCCUGCAGCCGUCUCCGAACAUAGCAGCCAUGGCAGUCUUUCGAUACCCACUUCUACUGAUGGCGGGACCUCCAAUGGCACUGCGACACCGACCACCGGACAGAGCCUGCCUACACAAUCCUGGUCGACUUCGGAAUCAACUCUGGCCCCGGAUGCAGACAGAGAGUCGCAACUCUUGUUUCUCUCAGACCAGUUGAAAGUGGAGAAGCGCAUCAAGGAGGGCGCGGAGAACUUGCUGCAGAUGGAACUGAAUGACGCGCUGCGGAGCCAAGUCGAAUCGGAGCUUGCAACCGCAAAGAAGAAGAUGCAGGUCAUACAGAAGUCUAUGGAGUCUGUUUCUGGUCGUGGCACGCGUAAGCGGAGCAUCGACACGACCGGGAGUGGCAAGCGAAAGUUCACCGGCCAGCCGCUGCAAUCGACUCCAGGCUGGAAGGAAGGCUCGGAAAGAGAUGACUUUCGCUCCGCGAUGCACCAGGCCAAUAGCGCUAUCAAGUCCCUGCUGCUUUUAUCUAGGCAACAUUCAUACAGCCAUCCUAACUCAUCCGCGGCGUCUCCGUCAACAUCCCCGUCCACCUCCACAUUGCCGAACCCCGCUACGGCAACCGAUGCGGAGUUAAGCCGCGCGCGAAUAGAAAACAUGGCAAAGCUGAUCACCCUUUUGCAACGGAAUUUGCGCGUCCGCUACGAGUUGGACGUUGGAGAAGUUGUACAUGCUGUACUACCCUCUCUUGGAGAUAAAGCGACUAAACAAGCCCGAGCUACUGCUUACAGACUCAUUCGGCACACGCUCGUCGACUCUCACUCGGUGAGGCGCCUCGGGGAGCAGAACCUCGACUGGUACAUCGUAAAGUCACUCUCCCGCGACAACAAGCACACAGUCGAGAAAGAACAGGUCAUCAAGCUUAUCCGAACCGUGGUGGACAUCGGCUCAGAGCGUCAUUCGUCCCGCUCUGCGAUUGGGUCCGGGACAGUGCCGCUCUCUGAUGCGGUCAUGCGCGCACUCAUCGCCGUUGCGGAAUAUCCCGAGGAUCCGUUUAAACCAAUUUGUGUCCAGACGCUUACAGAAAUCCGCCCUAUGGAGAUGGCACCCUUGCUGUCUGCCGCGUUCCUGCACAUCGUUGACUCGCCGAAGACGAGGGCUUACCUGCAUCCUGGCACGGAUCUUGAGAUUGCCCUGUCAGGCAUCACCGAUGCGUAUGGCAGAGGCUUCGAGCACAACGAGAAGAUCAAGGGGUGCACUCGCAUCGUGUCGUCUAUGCUUCGGACUUGGAGUGGACUGAUGUACUGCUGUAUCAAUGAUAUGAUGGCCAUUCGCGCGGUCAUUGACUGUCUCCGAAUACCGUCGCUAGAAACGCGGGAAGUUAUCCUAGACAUGUUCUUCGACUUACUGAACAUCAAGCCGCCUGAAUGGCAUCGAGCGUUCAUUGAUGGAAGGCGUUUGACGACGUAUCGCAAGUCCAGACAAAGCGCCGACCUGGCUCAGCCACCCCAAAUACCCCACCGUCAUCAUCAACAAGAUACCCUCAAGUUGACCGACCAGUACAUCGCACUACUCAUAUUGGUAUUCUCAAAAGCCGGGUUGCUGGAUGCGCUCACGUCCAUGUUCGAGGAGUCGAGCGUGGGGUCGGCGCUGUCGCGGAAAGCGACGUUGCUCAUGGCAGAAAUCCUGCAGAAGGCCAACCGCGUUCUCCCGCUGUCUAUAGCAGCUAAAAUCCAGGCGCUUCCACGCGUGUUCAGCCUAGCGUCAGACUACGACGAAAACGAGCACAGGAUAGUAGGGUCCUCAGCGCUGUCCGCCAUUGACAGUUUCAACCGCUAUCAGUCAAGAUCAGAACCUGCCGUGAAGGGGGACACUCGUCCAAGGGCAAAUUCGAUCGAGGAUGCCUUGCGGCGCGGGCAACGACAGGUCGAGCAGACGAAGUUGAAGCAGAGCAUGCAGAUGGACGACAAGACGUUCCAGACACUCCUACCGGAGACGCAGGUGAUGUUCACGAAGGACCACACGAAGUGGAACUUUGAGACGCUGCAGGACCUGAUCGAUGGCCCGCUGCACAAUGCGAAGCGUAUGGAGGAAGCGAUCAGGGCGUCACGAUACAUCCGCAAGCUCAUGUCGUUCUUUCAUCCGUUCAACCAUCGCUUCGCCGACCUCCCGAACACGAAGUCCAAUCACCGCUGGGUUCGGCUAGGAUGCGCUCUGCUGAAUGCACUCAUGGCGAGCUCGGAUGGAAUCCGUUUCUUGCAAGAGGACGAGUUUCUAGGCCAGCUGGUCAAGAGCUUCGCCCAGCUCGAUCCGAUGACGCCAACACCGGUCCCGGAUCCGAUUUUCUCCAAGAAAAGGGUGCAGGAGACACUCACCUCGGGCUACUUCGAGAUGUUCGGCACUAUGAGCAAGCGGAAGGAGGGCAUCGAGCUUCUGGAGAAGUUCAAGCUGUUUACAGCGUUCUAUCACCUUACCGAGCUGCGAAGUAGGGAGGACCUCACCAAGGGUAUCAUCGAGAACUUGGAUUACAGCAUCGACGGCCACUCGCGCAUCGUAUUGUCGAAGGCCUUGACAUCGGUUUACAAGCACAUUCGACACUAUGCCACAAACUACCUCGGCAGCCUCAUCCGUGGCAGCCAAACAGCCAAUGCGUGGAUGCUCCGACUGCUUCUGACGCAACUGUACGACCCCGCGCCGGAAGUGCGCGAGCUCGCAGUGCGGUUCCUGGAGGAAGCGUGCGAGUCAACCGAUGUGCUGCAGACAGUGGUUGAAAUGCAGCCGACCUUGGAUCAUCUUGGGGAGGUCGGGCACCCGCUACUUCUGAAGUUCACAUCGACACCUACAGGUUUCCGCUUCUUGUACGCUGCGGGUUACAUCGACCGGGAGAUGGAGUCGUGGUUAAACGAACGAAACCUGCACUACGUUGUGCACAUCGAGGUCUUCCUCGCGAAGGCGUUCAGCCAGAACGCCAGCGAUGAAGACGACGAUGAUGUCCUGGCGUUCGAGGGCAUCGUGCCUCCACACUUCUACGGGGUGAUGGCGAAGACGGAGCUCGGCUGCGAGGUAUUGCAGGAGAAGGGUCACUUUGCGGAGUUCGCACACUUCAUCCGGCGGCACGGCCUGGAGAGCGAGGAUUCGGAAGUCAUCCUCAAGCUCAAGAGCGUGCUGUGGGCAGUCGGCAACAUCGGUGCUACGGAGCGCGGGCUGCCGUUCCUCGAAGAGGAAGAGAUCAUCCCAGCAAUUUUGGAGAUUGCGGAGCAGUCGCUGGUGCUGUCUGUGCGAGGAACAUGUUUCUUCGUGCUGGGGUUGAUCUCGUCCACCCCUCAAGGCGCAGAAAUUCUGGACGACUAUCACUGGGAAGCAACACUGUCUCCCUUGGGCUUGCCGACUGGGCUCUGCGUCCCAGUUGAUGUCGAUAAGUUUGUCUCAAUACCACACUGGGACUGUGUGGCAAGUGAGGCCGUGGACGACAGCCGCCUAGCGCCUCCAGAGAGCGACGAGGAAAUGGAAGUCAUGACCGCGAUCUACAACCUCGCAAACACCGUCAUUGCGAACGCUGCCUCUCGUUCACUAACGAAGAUGAAGAGCAAGCCCGAGUACCGGCACAUCUUCAGCUCGCCAAGCAUGUUCUACCGUGCGCUGCACACGAUCUCGUCGCAGAAGUACAAGCUGCCCGUGCGGCGGUAUAUCUUCGACCUCUUCAACGUCGACCUCGACGUAGACGUCAUCAAGCAGCUCUCGGAGUACUCGAUGUCGCUGCGCGUACCGCUCACGGCGCAGGAACAGGAGGCUGCAGAGCCGUCAGAGCCAUCUCCAAUCGACGUGCAGUCGCCACCCCCGCCUCCGCCACCACCACCGCCACCGCCAUUCCGGCCGAUGCCUGUGCGGCAUGUUGUGGCCGUGGGCGAUAGCGACGAGGAGUCGGACGGGGAGGAGAAGGAGGUGACGGCGAAGAAGCCGAGAGCGCCUGUGAUGAGCUUGCGGCCCAAGAGCCGCAUCAUUGGAUUCAGCUGA